AUGGCGGCGCGGUGGGCGGCGCUGGCGCUGGCGUGGUGCGCGUGCGCCGCUGCGCCCGCCGCGCCGCCGCCCCCCGCCACGCCGCGCCCCUGCGACACCCUCCUGCUGCGCUCCCCGCCGCCCAUGCCCCAGCACGUGCGGGAGCACGAGGCGACGGCGGCGCAGACGGCGCGCGCUCUAUCCGAACUGGUGGAGGCGGGCGCGGCGGACGAGGAGCGGGCGGCGGCGCUGGCACGGGCGGCGGCGCGCGCCCCCCUCCAUCCGCCCCCCGCGGCCGUCGCCCUCGGCGCCCCGCAGCUGCACCUCGGCGUGCUCUACCAGACGGAGCCGCCUCGCCUUUACGUUUUUCAGCAGAACAACUCGGCCGCCUUGCAACUCUUUUGGCGCACGCUCGCGUCCGCCUGGAACGCGAGCGCCGUGAUCUGGUCGAACGCGUGGUUUUCCUGCGAGAGCGACGGCGGCAGCUGGUGGGGCGGCGCGGCGGCGGCGAGGGGCUCGGGCCCCGCGAGGGCGGCGGCCGCGAUCUUCCGCAGGCUGCCGGCGGUGCCCUGCGAGGAGGCGAUGCACGAAUGGCUAGGGGGCCCGCCGCCCUGCGACCCGGACACAACGGAGUGUCGCGCUGUGCCGGUCUUCGGAUCGGCGGACAGACGUUUGGAGUACGAGUGCAAGUGCCGCGGCGGCUUCUGGCGCGCGGGGGCCAGCGGGUGGGUGAGGGGCGCGCCGCUGCGGACGGGGCUGCGAUGCGCGGAGUGCGCGAACAGCGGCGCCGCAUGCCUCGCGGACGCCUACCGCGCCGCCCUGCUGCCCGCUGACCUGGCCGGCGUACUCCUCUGCCUCGUCAUAGCCAUCGUCAUAUUCAAAAAGAGGAAGUGCAAAGCAGUAGCGAUGGGUAUGUGGACAGUGUUAGAAGUAGUGCUUCUCGGAGCCAUGCUGAUGUACGCUUCUGCAGCGUCCCAGCUCAUAUCAGACUCAAGAUGGCGUUGUAUUGUUGGGGCAUGGUUACGAGAGUUGGGCUUCGUAGCUUGCUACGGUUCAGUAGUACUACGACUGUGGGUACUGCUUGCCGAGUUUCGUACGAGGAAAGCCCACCGCUGGACACCACGCGAUGCUGAAGUGCUGCGCGUUGUGGGCGCUAUGCUGCUCGGCGCCGCGUGCUACCUGGCCGCGUUCACGGCAACGGCCGCUUGCGAGGCGGGCUGUGCGCACGCCGCCUGGCACCACGUCACCGCCGCGGCAGAGCUCCUCCUGCUGGCCGCCGGGCUGCGGACCGCGCACGCUGCCCGCAACGCCAACGUACCAUUCCAGGAGCGCAGCUGGCUGGCGGCGGCGCUGUGGACGGAGGGUCUGAGCGGAAUUGUGUGGCGGCUGCUGGCGGUGGUGGGCGUCGCGCCGGAGAUCUCUCCGCUGGCCGCCACGGUCCGCGCCCACAUCUCUGCGGGCGCAGCCCUCGCCUGCGUGCUCGCACCGCGCCUCUGGCACGGAUAUCGCACGCGCUCUCUAGCCCUAGAGGUGUCUCGUAGAGGGCCAGCCGAGGGCUUCGGGGUCGAGGGAGAAGAGGAGCCGACUUCGGAAGAAGUUCGUGCGGAACUGAAGCGUCUCUACGUGCAGCUGGAGAUCCUCCGUAACAAGACUCUCCGGCGUGACAACCCGCACAUUAGCAAGCGGCGAGGUGGCAGGAAACCGCCUCACAGACGAUUCUCUCUCCAAGCUUUGCAAGCGCGUCGAGGGGCCAAAAAUAAAACUGGCGGUAGUGCCAGUAUGGCAGAGGCUAGUGAAGCAGGAGAUGCUUCUAGAACACCUGAGGACUCGGUCUGUUCCGCUGAAGGUCCUUCGCAUUACACAGAUGGAGAACAGGCG